CAGAAAGACAGCCGCCCGAAAUGGGUGGUGCGAAUCCCCAAUUUUGCGACGACGCCACAGCCCACACCCAUCUGACGUCGUCGGCUCCAGCUGGAAUCUCAUGGCUUGAGAGUCAUGGAGCUGCAGCAGAUUGCGGCUGACCUGCAGAAGGAGGCCAAGCGCCAGAAGGCCCUGAAGAGCCUGCAGGUGCUGGUGAACAAGGGCACCAACGUCAACCCGCUACUAGCGUUCGACCCAUCGCUGAAUGCAGUGUUCUCCCUCUAUGCGCUGGAGCCCACGUUUGCUUGGCAAGCUUCCGGUUGUCAUUGACCUGGCGGCGGAGUCUGAGAAGGAGCUUCGCCAGGACGCCCUCCAAGUGCUGGCCGCAAGUAUUUUGCUUCCUAGCGCUCGCGAGCAAUGCGGCCAUUUCUCGAGCGUCGCACGGGCGCUGAUACAAGCUUUGGCCAAGUGCGACCAGCGGGGCGCCAUGGUGAUCCUUCCUGCCUUUGAAGAGCUACCUCCAGAGGACCUUCUGAAGGUCUUCGGAGUGCUUGAUCCGGAGAGUCUGAUGAGGCGAGUGCUGGACGGGCCCAAGCGCACCCGCCCAGCAGUGCUGAAGACCUUCGGCAGCUGCCUGGUGAAAUGCUGGCCUUGCAUUGCGGCAGUGAGUGAUGAAGCUUUGCGGGAUGCUUGCGUAGAAGGCUUGCGGCUUGCCUUCGCCAGCCUCGCGAGCACGGAAUCGGAAGAGGACGAGCUUCAGGCGGCCAGCGCUGCGGUGCUGGACGAGCUCCUGGUGGCUUACUUGAACGUGUCUCUGCCCCCGCUGGCACUGGUGGCGUUCUUCCACCCUGCGUGGCACUUCAAGCUCAUCUACGCGACGCUUCUCAUGGAGGUGCUGCGAGAUUUGAAGGCGGCCUUACCUCGCUUGGUCACCAUGACUGAUCUUGACUGCAUUUGGGUUCCCACGCGGGAUCAGGCCAUCGAGCUCAACAAGGCCGCGGGUUUGCCGCCGCGGCAGGGCGCGGAAAGCGCCACGGACGCCGACAAAGAGGCACUGGGCAAGGAAGCGGCGUCCUUCCGGGCGGCGCUGUUGUGGUUCUUCGCCUAUGGCGGCGGCCUUGCCCGGGAUCCCGAGCAGCGUCAUGAUUCCACGUUUCUGGUGGAUCUGGGCAGAGGUCGCAAGCCAACUUUGCCAGAACUUCCACCGCCCCCUGAUGGCCUUGUGCAGAGUCUGACAGAGUGCUCCCGCUUCAGCGGCUCGUGGGGUGCUAGCUUUGCGAGCGCAAGAGCACGCUUGGUGAAUGUCCUCAUCCUCCUGUGCAGGGGUCCAGACAUUGCUAAAGCUCGCAACACUUUUUUGGCAGUGGCCGAGAGCCUUCAAAUGGGAUGCCAGCAGCCCGUCCUUCGACUCUUCUUGGCAGAGAGUCUUUGUAGCGUGGCGUCCCUGUGGCAUUUGUUGGAGCCAGCGGGAGCCACUUCCGACAGCCGCCGGGUGUGUGCCGUUUGCGUGGAAGGCUUGGUGCUGGGAUCCACCUUGGUGCAAAGAGCGGCGCAGGCGCCGCUCCUGCUGCGGCUCAUGGCCAUGGCUGCCAAGGUCCUCGUAUUGCACGGGAAGCCCGCAGAUCUCGAGCUCUUUGAUGCAGCCCUGCGCAGAUCCGGACAGGACAAACUCUGGCUGGCUACCGCCAGCACGGCGCAGGUCUGCUUGCUUCUGAAAGAUCGGCCCGGAACGCGAGAUUUGGUGGAGGCUCUUGUGCAGCGCUACCUCCUUGCCAGUUUGUUGGAUGAGGAAGCUCAGGCACGAGCGUCGGCCUGGCUGAUGAUAUCUGCUGCCUUCGCCACACAGGCCACCCAGACGCUUCUCCCCGUGUUGAACCGGCCUGAGCUUCUGGCAAAGCCGGAGGCUCUGUUGCUGCUGUCCUUCGUGGACGUGCCGAAUAUGUCGCCGGCGCCCCGCGCGAAGAUGGCGGAGCUGCUGCGGCAAACGGAGCUGCCGGGCGUGGAGUGGGCAGAAGUCCGUGACGCGCGUGGCCGCCUUUUGGAGAGUCCGGGUCGGGGGAAUCCGGCGGUGCCGACCCCAGUGGCUGCCAAGGGGCAGAGCGCCGAGCACUUUGUGCGCUGGCUGCAUUUGGUGGCAGAUGCUCAAGGACCUGAGGAUGCUUUUCAGGCGCCGAGGAUGAUAUCAGUUUCUGGGCCUCCGCUCUUUGUAUACGUGCAGCCGCUUAUCAGCUGGGUUUCUGGUUCGAGCCACGUGACGCUGCGCAUUGACCUGUUCAAUGCGACCGCACUGAGCCUUCGGGACGUGACGUUGACCUUGAGCAUAGCUCGACCAACGCGAAUGGGCGAGCGCGCUGACAAGGCGCCACCAUGGCAUUUUGCAGAAGGCCUGCAGAGACCCUUCAGCAACAGCCCCCUCGAACCGAUCACAUGUAGGAGUUCAACAACGGUCUGGCGGGAUUUGUACCUUCGCUUCCCUCCCAAGCCCGUCAGCCUGAUCUUGUCUUUCAGCUACGCAAAAGUCGUGCCGGAGGGUACCCUUUCGGGACUGACACCUGCCAGCACGCCAAUGACCAGGGGUGGCAUCGAGGAUAUUUGGAGCGAUGAUGACGAUGAGGAGGACGAGCGACUGAGAUUCACCUGCUGUCCAGUGUCAGCGCCGUUGUCUUGGUAUUUUUUGCCAUUCUAUGGCUUUGAUGUUCCGGGCGGCGCUUCGCCGUUUCCGCCGCCCCUAAUCUUUGCAGCCUGCCCCUACUCCCAAAUGCAAAGUGCUCUGGGCAUCACGCGUGACUGGAGAAUGCGGGGCUUCCAUGUUUUCCCGAAGAGUGGGACUGCACGGAACGAAUGCCAAUGCUUCUCGGGCAUUGCCUGCGACAGUGAGAGUAUUUUGUGCUUCAUCGUGCGGCAUUCGGACGAGUCAACGCUGGAAGUGCGCUCCAAUAACGAGUGGCUCCUUCAAGCGGCCACGGCAGAUUUGAUGUUCUGGAUGCUGGCUGACUCGGAGCCACCGUGGCCCAGCUUGGUCUGCAGUCAGCCAGUUACUGAGGGGAGUCUUACUUUGAGGGAGCCUUUCGCGAAGUCCGGCCAGGAUACUCUGAUUAUUGAGGAUGCUCGAGUCACCCGUCAGGGCGCGUAUAGCGCCUGGCUCAAAAAGACCAAGAGCGACAAUGCGCGCUGCAAGCUGAUUCAGAGCUCCAACACUCGGUACUUCACGAUUGACUUUGACUCGCAAAUCAUGUUCUACUCGCACUCGACGUCGCAGAAGAAGGUGUCGCAGCCAAUUCCCUUCAAAAACAUCCUCGGCGCUGAGCGGCUCCCGCUGCCCGAGAAGAAGUCGCGGAGAAACACCAUGAACUUUGGCUUCGUUCUGAAGACCCCGCAGCGGAAUUUCGAGCUUUUCACAAACAGCAGCGCCGACGCUGCUCAGUGGACCGUCUCUCUGAAUGCU